CCUGCUCUGCUGCUCUCAGUUCAGCCGUCGCCACCAAACCGGCAAGACAGAAAAACCAGAGAAGAAGAAAACUAAUCCAGCAUGGCUGUGAACAGAUGCAUCAAAUAUCUGCUCUUCUUCUUCAACUUCCUCUUCUGGGUGAGUGGCUGCAUCAUCCUUGGCGUCUCCAUCUACCUGAAGGUCAGCAAGGAUGAAAACAAGAUCACGAGCCAGGCGGUUCCUGGGAUCGACCUGAUGAUCGCCAUCGGCGUCAUCGUCAUGGUGCUCGGCUUCCUGGGCUGCUGUGGAGCCAUCAAGGAGAACCGCUGCAUGCUGCUGCUGUUCUUCAUCAGCCUCCUCCUCAUCUUCAUCCUCCUGCUGGCAGCCGGCAUCCUGGGAGCCGUGGACCAGAACAAGGCUAAGGAACUGGUGGAUGAGCACCUGGGCAAACUGCUGCCCCUGAACUCCCAGCCUGCUGAUGUUCAGACGGACCUGCAGAAACUGGAGGAGGAGCUGAAGUGCUGUGGCCUGCUGAACGGACCGUCGGACUGGGGCAGCAGCGUCCCGUCCUCCUGCGACUGUAAAGACACCAGCGAGGCCUGCAUGACUUCCGGCAGCCGCCAGGUCUACAAGACGCCUUGUGCCACACACAUCAUCUCGCUGAUCGAGAAGUACAUGAACGUGGUGCUGGGAAUCGCCUUCGCCAUCGCCAUCCUGCUGAUCUUCGGCAUGGCCUUCGCCAUGACGCUCUACUGUCAGAUCGGCAAGAAGGAGGGGCCGACCACCGCCUGAGGCCCGCCGCCCGCCGCCCCGCCGCCUCCUCGUGCCGCUCCAGCCUGAAGCCAGACCUUACAGGAACACUUCACCCAGAAUGCAUCACUUUCCUUUGUGGUAAACCCCAGACCCGCCGGCCGGCUCUGAUCCAGUGGGUCUGUGAUUUUAGGAUUUUAAAAACAGCAAAACAUCUGUUUAAAUAAAUCCUAACAGCAUUCAGAGCCUUUUUUAUGUUUCUGGGAAACCGGUUUACCAUGAAGGAUUGUGGGUAAAACUCGGAGGUUGAAGGCCUCUGAUCGAAAUGAUGCAUUAUGGGUGAAAUGUCCCUUUAAAGGGCUCCACUGCUGCUGUACAGUUUUGGCUCAUUCCCUUUAUUUCUCUGCAAAAAACCUGAAAAUAUCAUAACUUUGGCAAUUUUUUUUUAUCACUGGGAUGAGCAGAGUCCUGUCGUCCAGAAGGGAAAAAAUAAAAUAAAAUAAAAUAAAAUAAAAUAAAGAGGUCAAAAGUAAGAAAGUCAGUCAUAAAUAGAGAAAAAAUAAAAAUUAUUAGAUUGAUAAAAAAUGCAUUUAAAGAUAUACUGAGUCUGCUUCCUUUUAAAAAAUACUAAGAAUGUUUUUUAAAAUGUGUUUUUUUCUGAGGCGUGCCGCCGCCGUGAGGCUCGUGGCCGCCGCCGUUCUCUGGGGAACUGGAUUUGAUUUUGUUCUUCUACGUUUUAUUUUAGUCUGAUGAACAAACGGCCAUGGAAGUGUUGCUGUUGUUGUUGUUGUUGUUGUUGUUGUUGUUGUCCUCUGGUUUCUUUGCACUCGUUGGGAAGGAUCUGCGUCUCAUGUGUUCAAAUGGAUUCCUGUGUCUUUUUCACGGCUGAUUUUUCUGUCUUGUUUAGUUUCUGUUCCUCUGGUCUGUGCCUGCCUCUCUGUUUGUGUGAUUGUUUGUUUAUUUGUUUGUUGUUAAUCCACCUCAUGAUGUUUACCUCAUGAUGUUUCUGCUGCCCAAAUAAAAUAAAUGACCCAGGAAC